AUGCCCACUUGGCCCAAUCACUCGGAGUGCUUCUCCCACAACUGCAGCUGGGAGAAGAUCCACAACGCCACAUGGAAUGAUGACUACGUUCUGCCUCCUCUCAAUUACUACUCAAUCCCUCUCCUCACGGCCAUCACCGUCGCCUGCACGCUGCUCUUUCUGGUCGGGAUGGCCGGUAAUGUCAUGACCAUUUUGGUGGUCAGUAAGUACCGGGACAUGCGCACCACCACCAACCUCUACCUGUGCAGCAUGGCUGUGUCAGACCUGCUCAUCUUCCUCUGUAUGCCUCUGGACCUGUACCGCAUGUGGAGGUACAGGCCCUGGCGCUUUGGGGACGUGCUCUGUAAGCUCUUUCAGUUCGUGUCAGAAUCGAGCACUUACUCCACCAUCCUGAGCAUCACUGCGCUUUCAGUGGAGCGCUACCUGGCGAUCUGCUUCCCGUUACGCGCAAAGGCUCUGGUUACAAAGAGGCGGGUGCGCGCUCUCAUUCUUCUGCUGUGGACAGUGUCUCUCCUGAGCGCCGGACCUGUGUUUGUCAUGGUGGGAGUGGAGCGGGACAGCAUGGGACCAUUCAGCUCGGACAUGAAUGAGACUGGCCUCUCCUUGGAGGGCGGGGGGGACACCCGGGAGUGUAAGAUGACGCAUUACGCCGUGGAGUCAGGUCUGAUGGGUGCCAUGGUGUGGCUGAGCUCCGUCUUCUUCUUCAUGCCAGUGUUCUGUCUCACUGUGCUCUACAGCCUCAUAGGCCGUCGACUGUGGCAGAGACACCGAGAGACAAGCAUCAGCUCCCGCGUGGCUCACAGGGACAAGAGCAACAGACAGACCAUCAAGAUGCUGGUGGUGGUGGUGCUGGCCUUCGUCCUCUGCUGGUUGCCGUUCCACGUGGGUCGCUACCUGCAGUUCCGCUCACUGGACGCUCCGUCUCCUCUGCUCUCGGUGUUGUCAGAGUAUUGCAGCUUGGUGUCGGUGGUUCUCUUCUACCUGAGCGCCGCCAUCAACCCCAUCCUCUACAACACCAUGUCCUGGAAGUACCGGGGCGCAGCGGCGCGCCUCUUCGGCCUCGCCGACAGCCAGCCCCCUCGAGGACGCACAGCCAGCACCAUGAAGGGAGACGGCUCGAACGGCUGGACGGUGUCUUCAGUCAGCUUCUGA